AAUCUGAGGUCAAGGUUUCGGUAAACAAGAUUUCUUGAAUUUUUUAAAACACGGUCCCUUUGUUAUUACCGUGUCUAAAAUAUAUUUUAUUACAGAUUUUUAAUAAACGCUGAUGAUGGGGGGGUAUUUACUGGGGCCAUGCAUUCUUAAUUUCGACCCUUAUGGAAUCUGGGACGAAUUUCAACCGAACGAAGUUUUUAUCUAAUCAUUGUACGAAUAACAAGAGUCUUUGAAAGAAGUUCUAUCUAAUCAUUCUUUUAAGUUCAGAUUUUUUUGUUCGGUGUACAACAAUUUUUUCGAAAAAAUGAAGCAGUUCUUUAUUCAUAAUCACAAAAAUUACAAAAUUCCAUUAGUUUUGCUAUUAACGCACCGAAGUUUUUUUCAAAUAUUCGGGGACAGGUAAAUAAAUUUGGCCAACCUCCAGCCCAAAGCCCUGAGAUCGAGACUGGAACACAUUUCUGCUAGAAUAAAAAACUUUUAAUAGCGAGUAGCCUAAAACGAGGCUUAAACAUUUUGAAGCAUGUUUCAAAUCAUACUCAAUGUGAUAAACAUUCUCAACAGAUUUAGGAAACGAAAUUAGGCAUAGUAUAGAAGAUCAGGAGAUGAAAAGCUCAUUUGUGUGCUUGGUGCGCAUAUAGUAAGUUAUGAACAAAUUUCCAGAAAAUAAUGAAAACUUACAAAUAUUUGUAGUUAUCCACUGCAGUAAUGCUGGAUGUGAAACAAUUAUAUAAUGCUCUAUAUGUUCAGCUAUAUAUUUAUUUUAUUGGUUGAUGUUUGUGUUGGUAAUAUUUACUUCCCAGAGCUUUAUGAAGACGCUCUCUACAAACCAAAAAAUCUUGGUCCAAAUCCUAUGAGUUAUCAAACUGUUUCAAGAAGCAACACAACAAUUGUAGAAUGGGCAUUGAUCAAUGAUUUGAUCAUAGCUGAAGCAAAAUUCUCAGAAGAUAAUGGUGUGGCGAAUUGUACGUUAGCGAGGAUCAAUUUUACGGUACCGAACGCUGAAGUAUGCAAGACAGUUCAAAAUAUAAUUCUCAUCCAGGAUUAUACGUAUUUAGUUUCGUUACAAUGUAAAAUCAAAAAUAGAGCUGUUCUUGUUAAACUUUCAAAAUCAUGUUUAACCGAUUUUACUACUUCAAGGGAUUGGGAGAUCGUUUACACAGCAUUCGAUAACAAGAGGGAACUUCAGAUUCACCUGAUUGGCAACAAAACUACAUCUGUUUUGGUGUGGUUAAAAAAAUCACAGUUUUAUUCUAUUAUUAACAUUAAGGAUUGGCCUGAUUCGAAAAUUCAACUUGAAAGCAAUCUUGUCAUUGGAGAACUUCAAAGUGAAUUGAAAGUUACAGAUGUUGCUGGAGCCUACGAUACAUUGUAUGUAUUCUCUGAUUCCUGUUUAUAUUCAUGUCCACUUACAGCAUGCCGUGACUUGCUCGUAGUAGCUGAUAGCUGCGUGCUGACGCCAAAUAAUGAGACAGUAUCGGGGUUAAUGAAAACUGUCGAAGAUGGAGAAAGGAUUAUUAUUUUGGAUAAAUUUAUAACGUUAUCCGCAGAAUCGCAUUCCUUCCGCAGUUUUUUCUCUAUUUAUUGUGCUGGCCGUCUAACGCAUCACAUGUACAAGUGUGGCGGGUUUGUUAUUCAAGAUAUCGUGAUGACGUUCAAUAUGGUAACACGCUCCCUCACAGAGCAUUUUCCAUGCAGUACAUCGUUAGAGGGAAGUCUUAUCGCUUGUUUAAUACUUGGUGAGCCGAGAAUCUUCGACGUAAGUGAUCGUAAAUCUGCUUAUCCAAUUUCCGCGUUUACUGUAUCAGCGUGGCGACUUGGUGUGGCUAUUAAUCGAUUUGGUUUUGCAUCUGCUGACAUAUUUUUCUUUGAAAUCGUACCAAGUUUAACUGCUGAUCCCAGAGGUUUUAUUUUCAAUGUAAGGGCUGAACUACAACCAGCACUUAUUGCGUCCAGAUUGCUGUACCCAUCUCUUGCUACCAGCAUCACUCCUGCAGAAUCCUUCCUAUUAGUUAAUCAUCAAACACGUGACAUUUGGUUAUUUUCGCACGGAGGCCGACUAUUUUUUCGAGAUGGUAGCAAAGAAAAUGCUUUGAGCAUAGACUUUGAAUAUGCUGAGUCCUAUUCGUUCUUCAUCGCAGAUACAUUCUCAUCAGCCGGAAUAAAUCACAAUUUUGAACACCCCUUCGCUUUCUUUUCACCAGAUGGAGGGACCUUCGCAUAUCUUUCGUACUAUCGCUCUCCAUAUGGUGCGUUUUCAGCUUCAGCUAUAACUGUAACGAAUGCAACGGUCGCCGAUUUGCGCUCAGUUGUGAGUAUUAGUGAUAAAGUUUUCAUAAUACAAGCAGGGAUUAAUCCAAAGAACGAUCAUUUGUUAGUCGUUCAAGAACUUUCAAACGAUUACCUCACAGUGCAAAUAUUUAAGAUUGCGGAUAUGUCUGUAAUGUCGUACAAUAUGAGUGGAAUUGUUGCUCAAGCCGAAGUGAAAGGCAGCUGGUCUUGGGAUGACUUCGAUGCGACGGAAUCCACAAGAAUAUGGGUAAUUUAUUUUUCCAGUGACGAGAAUUUCAUGCUUGCUUCACAUAACAACACAGAUGUGUCAACAAAUAUUUUAGAGUACAAAAUCAUGAAUGACUAUGCGUUGAAGUUUCAACGGAAAGGGACAGUACCAAAUUGCUUAGCGGUUAACAACUACAACGAUUACCUGCGAACACAAUUGGUGAUAUUAUGCGCGGAAACAUUACUCUCGAACGUGAUAAACCAAACCUACCACGUGACUUUCAUAUCAGCGAUUAAUUUAAAACCGAUCUGCUCGCAAUCAAUCGAUCAUAAAUUUGGAAGUUUACUGUCUAAAUACGAUGACUUAUUCGUGACCAACAUUCCUAUUUUAGAUUUCAAUGAGAUUGCUCAACGACUUGUUAUAAGUUUUGAGAAGACUGUGUUGAUGUAUGCCACUGACACGUGUCCUUUUCGACUGUUGUAUCGCUUCGAUCAUACAGAUUUGAUCGCAGGAAUCGGGAUGAUACACACUGGUCAAGAUCAUAAACCAUUUGGUAUUACCUUUGUUACUUACCUUCAGAAAGUUGAUCUGAUUGGAGAUUGCAUUAAUGGUUAUGGUGUAGAUACUGUGUUACCAAGAAAUUAUUUUUGUUCCAGAUGUACACCAGGUCAUGUAGGACUUGGAUGUCGCACUUGCCCAGCUGGUUUUUAUUGCAGUGAUUACAGUCAGUUGCAACCCAGCGGAGCAUGUCCUGAAGGUUUUUAUUGCAUUGAUGGAACGUCCACAUCAAAUCCUAUGGCUGAUGUUUUGGAUAAAACAGCCACCCCUCCACAUUUAUGUCCAGCAGGAGCGUAUUGUCCGGCAGGUACAGCACAAGGAUUUGCUAAUGAUGAAUCAGCAAAUGCGCCUCAAUCAUGCUUGUCAGGAUAUUACUGUCCUAUGGGUUCGGUGAAGCCAACUCAAGAGAAAUGUCCGGAGAAUUCGACAUCACGAGUAGGAGGAAAGGUUCUUGAUGAUUGUUAUUGUAAGGAAAAUUUUUAUGGUUCACCCCAGCAAAGAUGUAUGCCAUGUCUUCGCAACUCAGUUUGUCAUGGUGGUAGCUUAAAUAAGACUAACUCACCCUUAUUCGUCCCACAAGGGUACUGGCCAGACACACCCAAUAAUUUCCGCGUGUUAUUAAAGUGCUAUACGACCAUGUCGCGAUUUACACCUUGUAAGGGAGCAGUGUGUAGAUUGAAAUGUGAGAAUCGUACAAAUGCUGACGAUGAAAUUUCUUGCAAGUCAAUAUGUUCGGACCCAUGUGAGGAAGGUCAUGCAGAAAGAUUAUGUUCAGCUUGUAAAAAUGGAUAUUAUAGGAAAUCGCCAUUUCAUUGUGCACCAUGUUCCAUGGGACUUCGACAAACCAUAUGCGUUGUAGCAGCGUUGUUAACCUCCUUGUGUAUUCUGUCAGUGUAUUUUAUACGGAAACAUAUGGCUAACAAACAGACCAACAAUGAUACUUUGAUAUCUGACCAGCAGCUGCUUGAAGUUCUAAUCACGGUACUUCUCGUGUUACUUGGAAUCUCCUCCACAGCGUCAGUUUUGUUUAUGGUGUUCAUCGUCGUUAUUGUUUACAUGCAGCAACUGCGCUCUCCCGCGUAUGCAACACUAACUUUCAUUUUCUACAUACAAACCCUGCAAGCUCUACUACAAGGAAAUUUUAUGUGGCCGAACUUCAUGCGCUAUCUGCUUCAAUUUUUGGAAAUAAUGUACGCACCGGUUCCAGGUUUGGCUUGUCUACCCAAUAUUUACACCGGAGAAAAUCUUGGCUGGGAAGGCGCGUUUAUUUUGAUUUUUACACUACCAAUCAUUCUUGGUUUUAUUGUUGGUUUUUACAUGUUCAUAACAGGCACUGUUCAAAAAAGACCCGUGUGGAAGAGAGCAUUUUUAUCGUACUGUUUAUUUAUGUCAGUUCUGCAGUUUCCAUUGAGUAACAUGAGUUUAGGAACAUUGAGUUGCAAACAAGAUGUCAUUUCGUUACGUUGGUACAUGACAUCUCAACCGUGGAAAGAAUGUCAAAUUGACUCGGUUAUCCAAAUUUCCGGAAUAUUAGGUAGUGUUUUCUACUUUAUUGGAAUACCAUUCACUUUACACUACUGGUACUUUAAAAAGGUUUUCCCGGACGAUAUUAAUGAUGAAAUUGGUGAUAUGUUUAUACCAGGAGGUGUGAAGGGUCAUGACUUCUUUGUGAUAUUUUUAACACUUCGCUGGAUGUUAAUGAGUGUUAUUUUAUCAUUCAUUCCAUUCACCUGGGGGUUACAGAGACCAUUAAUUUUAGCCUUGCUUUCCUCAAACAUCAUCUUUGUCAUGCAUACUGACCCAUAUGUAGAAUACAGACCAAGGGAACCCGUAGAAUUAGAUAAAACAGAAAGAAAAUGGUUCGAUCGUCUUUGUAUGACGAUGUCGGGAAAUUUCCUCGAUGUGACAACGUUAGUUACGACUAUUAUAUCGUACACAGCUUUGGAUCAUCGAGACAAUUGGACAUUUCUGCAAAUUAAAUCAUUCGUUAUAGGAGUAGUGAACUUGUUCAUAUGUUUAUACCUCAUCAUUUUUAUACUGUUAGAAGAUAGACUGACUUUGUUUCCCAAACUUUCAAAGAUACUAGCAAAGAUAGAUAAGACGUUUUUUUGUUGUCAUACUCCUGUGAAUGAGCGAGAAGAAGAAGAAUUGUUAUCGAUGGAAGAGAAGUUGAGAACCAAGGCUGUGACACUUACAUCGGAUGCAGAAUAACACUGUAAAUAGACUUGCAUAUAACAAUUUGUACAGUUUUUAUAUUUUUUUACCGAUUGUGUAUAGUUAAACUUUCAACUAUUAAAUUAAUUAUUUAACACCCAAACAAUUUAUUUUUAUGACUUUAACGCUAAUCCGAUUUGUUUGUAAUUAAAGAUAUUUUCGUGGUUGGAUUCGCUCGCUGGAAAAAAUUGUCUGUAUACACUCUGAUAUCCUUGUAAUUUUACUUAAUUUUUAUUUCCUUUUUUUUUUAAUUUUCUAUUUUGUUCCCUCUUUCGAUUAUAGACGAUUUGCAUCGUCGUUCUCGGGAUCUCUUAGUCGUUAUUAUGGAGCAAACUCGUCCUCAGUUUUUUGCCAUUUUGGCAUCGAGGCGGGCGGCCGUCAAGUAAGAGCUAGGAUGUAUUAUGGAGCGGUCGCCGCUAUCAACUUGAUCAAAAAGACAAAGACCAUUUUUUUCUUUUUUUUUUUUGCAAAAUUGAAACUUAGUAUCCAACCUCGUUCCCCGCGCAUGUUGUCUCUUUUCUAUAACUGGGACAGCGAGUAUCGCCGUCCGAUGUCAAAAAAGAUACAAGAUGCCCUAGGUACAAGGUUGCAUAGUAUCGUGAAAGCCUGAAAGGUUUGGCCAUGUUAAAGGAAGGAUCUAUAUUCAAUUACAUCUGGUGAAUGUCGGCAUCUGACAAUCACAAAAAAAUAAGCUAGUGUUUUUCCUUAUCCUAUGGCUUCAAGAAUGAAUAUAAAAGACAACCUUGUUUCCACUGCUUAUUUUAUCUAAUAAUCCAAGACGAUAAGGUAACACGAGGAAAAGUGUAAUCAAUUUCAAGACAUAGUCACAAGAACUAUGUUUUAUACCGUUUAAAUGAAGUUGAGAAAACUAUAACUUAUUGGAAAUUUUAUUGGUAAACAGCUUACUUCAGAGUAUGGUACAUCUAAAUUAUUUUAAUAAAAAAAUAAUAAAGAGAAAAUAAAGGAGAAAUUUAAAUUGUUAAAAUCCUUUGUUCCUGAGGAAC